AUGCCUAUGAUUCAGCAGCCUGCAAAUCAGAUCAAAUUGACAAACGUCUCACUUGUCAGGUACAAAAAGGGCAAGAAGCGUUUCGAACUCGCCUGCUACAAGAACAAACUCCUCGAGUAUCGUUCGGGAACCGAAACGGACCUCGACAAUGUCCUCCAAGUUCCCACCAUCUUUCUAAACGCCUCCAAAGGCGAGACCGCUCCAAACGCUGAGCUCCUCAAGGCCUGGCCGCAGCCAGCCCAAUCUCAAGAGCCCGCUCCGUCCCAAGGCGGUGCCAAAAAGAAGAAGGGAAAGGGAAAGGCUGCGGCCAACGACGAUGGAGACGAGGAGAAAUCUUGGAAGGAUGCAAUCAUCGAGGAAAUCCUGAAAAAGGGCGAAAUCCAGGUCAAUGCCAAUGAGCGAAAGGAACUACUGGACAGAAUGGAAAGAGAAAUAGUCGAAGAAGUUGCCCAGAGACUGGUCGACCCUCAAACAAAACGGGUCUACACCACGGGCAUGAUCAAAAAGGGCCUCGAUGUUCUCUCCAAGCAAGGCGGUCAUGCUCCUCCUCAAGAUUCCCUAAGCCACAAACUCGGCAACCUAAAUCUACUCGAUCAGUCCAAAAGAGGUCAGACACUGGCCAAGGGUUCAACUGAGACGAGCGGUCAGGCUACCCCAAUGACCGAUGAUGAUGUCGACUCAACUGGUACUCCCAAAAGCAAGAAGAGCGAUACUCCCAUGUGGACUGGUGUAGUCACGACAAAAUCCGUCAAGAUGCAAGCUCUCGAUGCCAUGCGGGCUUUAAUAGCAUGGCAACCAAUUCCUGUCAUGCGUGCCAGAAUGAGACUGCGCAUUACUUGUCCUACAGCCAUCGCUAAGCAGGCCCCAAAAUCCAAAAUCGCAUCUUCCGACGAUGCCCCCGAAUCGGACCAGGGCAAAGGAACCAUUAAGGAGAGAAUUCUAUCUUUCGUUGAGCAAAUCGAAAGCCAAGAUGUUUUGGGUGAGGAAUGGGAAGUCAUUGGGUUUGUCGAGCCCGGAGCAUUCAAAGCCUUGGGAGAAUUCUGUUCGGCUGAAACCAAAGGCCGGGGUAGACUCGAGGUCCUGGACAUGGCUGUUACGCACACUGAUGAUUGA